AUGAUUGAUGACAUAUUUAAGGAGGUGGGACAGGGAGAAACUACUGUGUCCCCUAUUAUUCAACAGGCAAACCAACAUAGACUGAACAUUGUGCACCAGUACGUUCCAGCCAAGGGGGAGAGUGUGAUCGGCAUCGUACCUGCCAAGUCAGGUGACAUCUUCAAGGUGGAUUUAGAGGGGAGUGAGCAAGUGUCACUCUCCUACCUGGCCUUCGAGGGGGCUACCAAGAGGAAUAGACCUAAUGCGCAGGUGGGGGACCAGGUGUGCUCCCAGUUUAUCAUUGCCAACAAAGACAUGUGUCUAGACAGCUGUGGACGAGCCAAUGGGGAUGGGGGUGUUUGGAGCCAGCAGGCUUCUCUUCAAGGUAUCCCUGAGACUUGUACACAGAGUGUGAUAGCCAAGGACCUGGAAAAAUAUGUCCCCUUUGAGAUGGUGGUGGGGAUGAACGGGCACGUGUGGGUCAAGGCCAAGACCAUCCAGCAGACCCUCAUCGUAGCCAACCCGCUGAAGAGCUGUGAGAACAUGACGGCCCAGCAGGAUGGGAGGAUGGCCGACGGAUCCUUUUAG